GCUCGUUUCGGUGCGCUUGCGAGAGGGCGUCGGGGGCGCGCACGGCGACGGCCUGGGCGCCAUGUUGGAAGGUUGCUGAGCCCGGCCGCCGGGGUUUCUGUGUUUCUCUCCGUCUCUCUCUCGUCUCUGUCUGUGGUGGAGGCCGUCGCUCCCGCGGCUGCUGGUGCCUGCUUCCCGUGAGGGCCCGGGGGGCGGCAGGAGGAGGAGGAGGUAGUGGUGGUGGAAGAAGAAAAGGAGGCAGCAGCGGAUCAUGGAUAUCGAGAGGCUGCAGGAGGCGCUGAAAGGUGAGGUCUGCUUGUUUUUUGAUGGGUUGGGGGGGUUGGUUACCCCGGGGUCACCCAGGGAAGGGGUGACCCCGGGGUAACCAACCCACCCACACCCCUCAAAAAACAUGUAAGAGGUUGUAGAGGAAGCCCUGAGGGAAGAGAAGGGGAACGGGAGGGGGCAAGAUGACCUGUAAAAAAAGGAAAAGAAAAGCUGUGUGUGGAUGUGGAGGAAGUCCAGUCAGAGUCUGAUCAGUCUUGCUUUCCAGGCCCCUAAUUUCUGGGGUGAGGGUGGUGGUAUGUGGAGUCUGAAACGACCCAGAGGUUUCUCUGUCUCCUCCCCCCCCACCACCUUCCUUCUAUCUUGAUCCCCCCCCCCCUUAAAAAAGGCCCUCGGAGAUCCCUCUCCACUCUCAACGUGAACUGUUUCUUCUCCACAGUCCGUGGCCCCCAAUGGAUUCCCCGUUUCCUUUCCCUUUCCCACUUCCUGUUACUUUCUGCUUCCAUAAUCCCCCAGCCCCACCUCCAACCCCACCCACAAGAAAUCUCUGGUUUACACUGGCUACAGCUUUCACCUCACCUGAGGCAGGUGGCCUAGUAUGAGAAACCGGCUUUGAAAGGGAAGUUGGAUAUGAACUUUCCAGUCAUUGAAGUGUAUAUGUUGUCCUUUGGAGGCCUAUAAGGCCCUGGCCUUUUGUGUGUGGGAGUGAGUAUGUGUUUCUUUUGCUCCUUAAUAACCUUUCUCCCGUUUUUCUUUACCUUUUGCAGAUUUUGAAAAGAGGGGGAAGAAGGAAGUGUGUCCUGUACUGGAUCAGUUUCUUUGUCAUGUUGCCAAGACUGGAGAGACAAUGUGAGUGAUUUUUUUAAUUGACUAACAGCCUCUUGGUGUGGUUUUGGACAUGACAGAAAGUUAGUAGCCAGUGUUUUUCCAUUAUAGGAAUACUUGAUCAGUUAAGUUUCUACAGAGUUCUACACUAAGAACUCUGCAAUCUGAGUUUCUCAAGUUUUUCUGUUCGGGUAACUUACUUCCAGACUUAAAAGUUGCUGCACAUUCAUUAAAGACUGAGAAGUAUCUAAGUCCCUGUGCUUCCUUAUAGUAUCGCUUGUCAGCCUUAAUUGAUCCUACUGAGUACAUUAAGUCUGCUGUUUUUUCCUUUUAAGACAACCACCCGCACUUCUGACCUCUGCUUUUAUAGUCAGAAACCAGAAAAGCAUGUGUUUUGCAAUCAGUUUUUGGAAUUGUACUUAAUGAAAAGUACAGAGGUUGAGUCUCAAGCCUCUUCUAAGUUUGGUUCAGCUUUUCACACAUGAAGCCCCAAUGUGAAGCUUCCUGCACACAGCUGUACACAAAUGAUGACUUUCUGUUCUUUAACAGCUUUUGAUUCACUAGUUAGCAUAAGACAAUGUUUCCCCCCAGACGUUUGUAAUUGUGCUUUGGGGCAGUGCUGGCCCUGUUUGGUAAACCUAAAUUGGUCUGAAUUUUCAGACAGUUCUACUUUAGUUACCAGCACAUUGGGAGUUGUUCACACAGUAGCAGUUUUGUGCCAGUGCAUCUUGAUCCAGAAGUGUACUUAACCACACUUUCCAAGCCUUUGUUGGUCACCUUCAGGCCCAAGGCAAAUAUCUAUGCUUUUCUGUUGGUCUGCCUUUUUCCUCCACACCACUUCCCUCUAAUCUCUACAAAAUCAGGGAGCAAAUCCCUCUCUACUAGAUAAGAUAUCCACGACUGCCUCUGCAUAGGUUUUUUUAAAACGAUUAAAAUGUUUCUGAGCAGAAUUACAGUUGUUUAUUUGUUAAGAUGAGAAUGCCUACUAUUAUUUGAAUUGCUCUUAUUUGCCCAGGAGGAUAAUUUAUUGGCAGCCCUCCUUCUCUAACCAGCCCUUUGAAAGGACAUUUCUUCCUUCCAGAAUGGCUAGCCAUGUGCUUGGGAUCUACAGGACUGAGAUUCCAGGUAAAACCAAGUGCUUGGUUUUCCCAGAUCUCUCAGAACAAUACUUAUUUCAUACUUGUUCAUAUAAUCCCACAACCAGGCAGUGUCUUCUGUUCUGGUGGUCUCCCUUGUAUCCCUGUUUUAUCUUGUACCUUGUACCAACUUCCAGCCCUGCCCACUACAUCAGUUUCCAGAAGCAGUGAGGUUGAAUUUGGAUCCCUUCCAUUUUAGAGAGUGUGGGUAGUGGAGAUUGGCAUAGUCCUGUGCAUGGGACAGCAUGCAGGUCAUUUGUAGUCUAGGGUGCCAGCUGCCCAGAGUGCUGAAGAGUCUUGUCAACGAUGCUCCUGGACUCUCCUGCUUCUCUUUAAGCCGGUGUGAUGUAAAUCCUUGCUUCUUAUACUACUUGUGGCACAUAUGUCUGGCUUGAGGCAAUAUGGUCAGUUGUGUGUUAUUUAAUAUAUAAAAUAACAUAUUUAUUUAUUGUUACUAUAGUGCCAUCACUCUGCAUGGUCCUUUAUAAAGUACAAGUCCUUGUCCCAAGGGGGUUACAGACUAAUUCAGGACAAAGGGACAGUAGAGGAAGAGGCAGUAAUUGAUAGUAGGAUUAAUUAGAGGAGAAAUAAAUAUCUAUUUCAGUUACACAUAUUUAACACUCUAAUGUCUAAUCCCAUACCCUGCUAUAGCUACGUUUAUGCCCAAAGGAGUCUCAAAAAAUGAGUUUUGAGGAGGGAUUUGGUGCAUCUCCAGUGUUCUGGGAGGUAGUUCCAUGCAUAAAGGUAACAAGAAGUAAACUGGGAAAUAAUUUGAUGGUCCCCAAUGCAGACAGUGAAGAGGUGUGGGGCAAGGCCAUGGUAGGGUUUGAAGAUAAAUAUGAGAAGCUCGUGCUGGAUACCAAGAGAGUACAGGAAGUCAGGAUAGGAAUUUAAGGAGGAGCUUUAUGUGGUCAGAGCAACAAGAAAGGUGGGCGGGGGGAGGUGAGACAACAGAAGACUAGAGAGGUGGUUAGGACCAUAGGAAGCUGCCUUACACAGAGUCACACCAUUGACCCAUCUUGCUCACUACUGCAUAGUACACUGACUUGACCGGCUGUGGAUUUUCAGGGUUUCAGGCAGCAGUCUUUCCCCACCUUUCCUGGAAAUGUCAGGGAUUGAAACUGUCUUUCUACAUGCAAAGUUUGGGCUCUGACACUGAGCUGCAGCCCUUCGCUAAGGCUGCAGUAGAAAAGAUGAGGAAGCACACUUUUUAUAUAUCUUAAGUUCCCCCCAUAUUAUUAUUAUUAUUAUUAUUAUUAUUAUUAUUAAAGUUACAGACUGCUUAUAAACUUCACUUCUCUAGAGCUUCCCUGACUUCCUUAUUGUCUCACUAUUUAGCAUGAAGGAGAAAGGUCUCCAGUGUGUACAGUGCAAAUUUUCUUGCUCCCAAGCUAUCCUAGUGGGGGAGGGUAAUGCAAGAUGCAGGCUUCAGCAAGGAAUGUUUAUUUCAGUGAGUAUCCUUUUAGAGUUUAUGUCUAGCUUACCAGAGAAGCUUUACUUCCCUUUGUGACUGGUUUCUAGGGAAAGCUGACGUCAUCAGUUUUAUUUGGCUCUUUGAAUUAAAGGGUUCAAGCUCAAUAACAAAAGAAAGUUGCUCAUGUCUUACUCUAAUAUAUAUUCAAACUAAACUACAAAGACAUUAUUUUUCUAUACUUAGCUGCACCAGUUUAAACUUCGUUGUUUUGUUUUUUGUCAUCCUUCCAUGGUUAACUGUUGACAGUGUCGCUUGCAGGAUCAGUUUAAUGCAGUGGAUGCCAGACAAUUAUGUCUCUACUCAUGUGAUGAGUCCUCCUCUCAUCCCCCAGGCAUCUUUACCAAAUCUUCUCCCGUGGCUUGGAGAAUUGUAUGGAUGUGGAGAGGAGGACAGGGAAGUCCCAUUGCAGAAGCAAGAGUCAUAGAAGCAUAGAGUUAGAGAUGGAAAGGUGGCCCAAGGGUCAUUUAAUCCAACCCCCUGCAAUGCAGGAAACUCGAUUUAAGCAUCUAUGACAGAUGGCCACCCACCCUCUGCUUAAAGCCCUGCAAGGAAGGAGAGUCCAUCGCCUUCUGACGGAGUCUGUUUCUGUUCCACUAUUGGAACAGCUCUUACCAUCAGGAAGUUCUUCCUGAUGUUUUGUUGGAAUCUCCUUUCUUGUAGCUUAAAUUCAUUGGUUUGAGUCCUACCCUCCAGAGCAGAAGAAAACAAGCUUGCUCCAUCUUCCAUGUGACAGCCUUUUAUAUAUUUGAAUGUGAUUAUCAUAUCUCCUCCCAGUCUCUUCUUUUUCAUGCUAAACAUACCCAAUACUGAAUUCCCUCAGCUGUUCCUCAUAAGGCUUGUUUUCCAGACACUUGAUCAUCUUCGUCACCCUUCUCUGCACGUUUCAGCUUGUCAAAAUUGUGCCCAAAAUUGAACACAGUGUUCCUGGUGUGGUCUGACCAAGAGUGGUACUAUUGCUUCCCUUGAUUUUCACAUCAUACUUCUGUUGUUGCAGCCUAGAAUAGUAUUAUCUUUUUAUGCUGCUGCAUCACAUUGUGGAUUCAUGUUAAGCUUGUGGACUACUAAAACCCACACAAUUUUGGAUAUUAGCCAAUGUCUAUUAAAAUUUGUGUCAGUAUGAUAGAAUGGAACAAUGAUUGUAAAAGCUUGCAUACAGGCAACCCUUGAUUUGUGCAGGGGUUAUAUUUUGGGUCAUUUUGUGCAAUGGUGGAGCAUGUAUAAGCUCACCCAUUAUGCCCCUUUUCCCUGCCAUUUCCAUGUUCGCAGCAGUGCACAUGUGCACGGUCGCGCCUUAUUUGAAUGCACACUAAAUGGUCAUUGCCUGUAUUUCUUAUUUAUAUACUUAAUAGUAGCCUGAAUCCUAUGUGGCCUUCCUUAACAAAUUUUAUUUAUUUGCUUUAGUAUCAGAAUUAGUCCUCUUUGACAGUUUGGCUUUAGAAAGUUCAUAUUUAGCAUCUUAACAUUUUGGUAACCUUAGACUACAUUAGCUUUCAGGAUGAAAUGCCAGGACAUAUUUUCAGGAUUAUUGCUGUACCUUUUUAAUUAAUAUUAGCCUGUUGGUUGAAAGUCCACUGUAGUAAGAAGCACCAGUAUUCAAAAUGUAGCUGUUAAGUUUUUUUUUGUUUUAAGAAACACCUGAGAAUUUCCCGAUAGAAGAAUGUUCUGUUAAUGGUUGGCACAUAUACAAAUGAUUAUAUACAUGUCAACCAUGAAAAAGGGUUGUAUAAUAAAAGAGGUGGCAAACCUGUGCCUCAUAGACCAUAUGCGCCCCUCAAGACAGUUUCAGUGGACUGCAAAGACCACACUUUCCUUUUUGAUUUAAUAAUAUGGGGGAUGUGAGUGGUUUGUGGCAUUAUUUGUGGGUCUUACAGUCUUAACUGAGUGCCCCAGUGCUAUUUUGUGCUUUCCUCUGUUUUCAUUCAAGCUUUCCCCAAGAGUCUGCUCUGAUUUUAAGUGGUAAACUUCUGUAUUCACAGGAUUUCUUGAGCCCUCUUGAACACUGCACACGGUCGGUCGUAGCCUUGUCUUUGGCUGUUUCCAGUAGCUGUGAUGUGGGGAGGGGGCAGCUUGGAGCCCCAUCAUGGCAGGAUUCCAUUCAUUCCCUUUUCCCUCCUCACCAUCUGAUUCAGUGAGCAGAGACAUCCCCUUUAACUGCACAGGGGGCUGCAUUUUCUCAUCCCUCCCCUGAUUUCUUUAGUGUAGCCACCAAUAUUGUCACCACUGUUGUACCAAAGGAAAGGUCACUUUUUUUCUUUACCAGUGCUCAUCAGGGCAGAAGGAUUGCAGAGACCUCAGAUCUUAUAAAUCCGAUGCUACCAUGCUUAGUGGCUAUACUGGGACCUCCUUGAGACUUGGUUCUUGAACCUUGAAGAUACUGGCAGGAAUACAGCCAGUAAAAGUGAGGGCAGGGAAGCAUAGAGAGAGUAAGGAGGCAGAAAGUGGGGAGGAAGUGGGUCCUGCUGAGGGAUCUGUGUCUGCUUGCUUGUUUCCUUCCCCCACCCCCUGUGUGUUAUGUCUAUGUGCUAUGUGGGUUGGGGCAUUCACACAUGAGAUAUGCAUGUUGGAAUGAAGCCUUUGAAGGUGAGGCCUGUACUUUGAAGUGAAACAGGCUAGGCAAAGGCUUGUAACCUCACUGAGAAUUGCGUAUCUGUGCUGCAAGCGUUUGUAGGAUGAAGAUGUGCAGUUCCCUUUCAACAGUUUGAACAGGAAUGUGUUGUGUAUUAUUAGGUAGUACAUUGAAUAGAAGUAUGGCCUGCUUUAACAACAGAUAAUGCACUUACUGGUUUCCAUGGGUUAAUCAAUUAGGAAAAAUGAUUGUUCUGGAAACUUGGUGGAGGCAUAGCAAAGCUUGAGGCAAGACCUGUUCAUAAAGCCAGUUAUUGUCUGACACACAGACUUCACAAAAUUAAUGCUUUGUUGAUGCUAUUGGUUAGACUUGUACAAUGCAUUCUGUUGUGCAUUCUGCAAGCAUUUUGAAGGAAGACAAACAGAUAGUAAAUGUGUAUGUUUAACUGUGGUGUUAAGCCAUAACAACAAUUCAAAAAAAGUACAAAAUUUCAGUCACUCAGUUUAGUUUAUUUGGUCUUCAGACGAUGAACAUCAGAUACAAUAUAGUGUUAAGACAACCAUAGGAAAGAAACACAGCAUGAAUGCACACAUACUGUGCCUUUAAAAUAAGAGUAUAACAAAAUCCACGAGCAAUCAAAAGUAGUUUAAAAAUGCAGACAUCUUUAACUCUGAAAUCAUCUAGCUGUGGUCUAGUUUUAAUGGCUACAGUCAGGGACUUUGCUAUAUUUUCAUUAAUUUUGGGGUUAGUGCCUGUCAUUAAAAUUGAAACAUAAAAUUCAUCUGAGUUCCCCAAGUGUAAGGAAAGUACUGGGGAGAUAGAGUAGGAGUUUAUAUUCUUAUAAACAUUACAGUAUAGAAGAGCAUUGGCCAAUGUUUCAGCUGAGCCACUUUCACAAGGACAAACUAUUAAAUGCCAGGGCAGCAUGAUAAAUCAACUUUUCGUAACUGCUUAUGGUAAAACAAUGGAUUUUUCAUUUCUUAUAUAUUGUAUUGAAUUACAACUUGAAUUCCAAAGAAUUCAAAUUCUUUGCAAUAAAAUACAACAUAAAAUAUAAAAAAGCUAAAAAUACAAUUUAAAUGUAUAUGAAUUUAAAUGUGAUGGAUAUGCCAUGUCCUGUCUUCAACCACAAAUUAAUAUACCAUAGUUUUCGCUCUGUAAGACGCAUCAGACCACAAGAUGCACCUAGUUUUUGGAGGAGGAAAACAAGAAAAAAAAAUUCUGAAUCUCAGAAGCCAGAACAGCAAGAGGGAUCGCUGCACAGUGAAAGCAGCAAUCCCUCUUGCUGUUCUGGCUUCUGGGAUAGCUGCGCAGCCUGCAUUUGCUCCAUAAGACGCACACACAUUUCCCCUUACUUUUUAGGAGGGAAAAAGUGAGUCUUAUAGAGCAAAAAAUACGGUACACGUCAUUGACCACUGAAUGAAACUGGUUGGUCACUGCUGGUCUUCAGAUCAGUUUGCAAACCCCUGUGUAGAUCAAGGUACAGUAGUGUGCAAACCCUUUUUGCCAGAGCUAAUGAAUUUUGCAAGUUAAUAGCUAGAAAUUUAAUGUAGUUGUUUCUUUUUCUAACCCAGGUGUCAGAAAAUGGGAUAGUGAGUAGCCAAUGGUAUGAAGUUUGUUAUCAACAAAUUUUAGCCAAGAGCAAGCAAAAUUAGUAAGCAAAGCCAGGGAUAGGUAACUCAUAUGGGUUGAAGUGUAUGGAGGGAGUGGGGGAUGGUAACAUUUCCAAUUUCAUAAAGCUUCCUUUGUUGGAAGUUUCUCACAUCCCAUGAAUGACUAGGUUGGUGUGACUAUUUACAAGACUGCAUUUAAUUAUUGUUAACUAUCUUAGGCAAGCUAAAGUUCAUAUGUGAAAGUAGAUAAACAGGACUUGAGCUGCCAAGUGUUGCAAAAUUAUGCUCCCUAGGAGUACCUGUUAGACUCCCAACUCCUUUCAGCCUUUGCCUAUAUGGCCAGUGAUCAGGAAUGAAGAGAGAGUUGUAAUCUGAAACAUUUGGUGGACAUCAUUUUGGGGACGCAUGCAGCACACAGUGUAGUUUAAACUUGCUUGAUUUCUUUGGCAGUGUAAACAUUAUUGCUACAAAAACAAUAGACCAAAGCUUCAUGCAUGAGGACAUCUCUCCUGUGUGCAUAAUAAUGUCUUUGGGUUCUGAUUUUUAACUACAGUAUCAUUAUUUGACAAGGUUUCUUAGAAGAAAAUUAUCCAACUUGAAUGCAAAACCUGUAUUGUCUUAUAUUAUUUAUUGAGCUUAUAAACCACCCUUCCUCCAAAGGAAUCCCAGGGUGUUUUACAACAGCAAAUUAAAACAAUAGGACAACAUAUGCAACAAAAAUUCAGUAGCAGACAUGAUACUCUAAAACUUUGCAGACUCUAAAUUAGUGAAAAAUUGUAUUUCAGUUGAUUCUGGAAAUCCAUGAAAAUUGAGGCUAACCAUACCUCCUAGGAGGAAGGAAUUCUGUAGAUGGAGCACUGUUACAGAGAUGACCCUGUCCUGUGUCAUAGCACAUUGAUCUAUCCCCAAUUAAGGGCACAACAAGAAGGGCCACCUCUGCCAAUCUCGGAGGAUAUCUGUAAUUUCAUUUUAGAAACUGAAAGUUUGGAUCACAUCGAGAUAUCACACUGCUUUUUGGACAAUAUUGGGAAUAGCUCAGUCGGUAGAGCAUGUGAUUCUUAAUCUCAGGAUCGUGGGUUCACAUUGGGCAAAAUAUUCCCGCACUGAAGGGGGGUUGGGCUAGAUGAUCCCUGGGGUUUCUUCCAACUCCAUGCUUCUUAGGUCCCAUGGUAGCAUGUAAAACUUCACAUAAUCAAUAAAUAACAGUAGUGACCAUGUGGUUGAUGGGGGCAAACAAGGUAAAGGGUGUGGUUUUUUUUGGUUACUUUCACAUCGCUUCAGAUACUUUUGUAUUUGAUGCAGUGUAACUUUUCUCUUACCGUGAACAUUUUUUUGAACUGAACUGUUGAACAGCUUUCAUUAUCAAAUUGUUGGUUUCUGAUAAUGAGCAUAUGCUUUUUAAAUGUAGUUUUUUAAAACUUAAAAUGCUGCCAAUUUGCUGCUAGUGAAGCAUCAGUGCAGUUCUUCUGAAUUGAAGGCUGUGCAUGUGGGGAAUGUAUUUAUAAUCUGUCAGUCUGUUUUAUCAGCCACAUUAUUUCAAGGGAAUGUGUGAAAGGCAUGUCACAUUUUGUGCUUUUUUGCACUAGAGGAUUUCCUUGCACAUAAAUGAGCCUCAAGUGAUAGAUGCUUUGAAAAUGCGAACAGCCCCUAUGCUUUUGCUGCUGUUUCAGAGCUGGUUGCUGUACCAAACACUAUUGAAAAUUUGUUGUGUGGAAUUUUUCAUUUUGGCUCUUAAUUCUUAAUGAGGAAAUAAGAGCAUUGUAACAAGUUGUUCUGAUUCACACAGCUUUCUUUAAGUAUAAAGGCAUUUUCACAAUCUUUGAAUGAAGUUCUUGUUUGUACCGGAAAUAAAACUGCAUGCCUGGACAUGUCAGUGAGUUGAAGCUCUACCUAAUUUUAUGUUCCUUGUAGUUGCACAUAUUGUGUCUGGUGUGAAUUAUAGAGCAGCAUGUGACAAAACACGAAGCAAUCAGAGCACCUCUCGUGUAUGCUAAUUUACUUGCAUGCUAAUUCAUACUCUUUCAUUCUCCUGCACUUAUUUGACUCUAAGAAUGAACAUGAACAACUUGUCUAUCUUGUAUCUGUUUACUUCUGUUGGUUUUUUUUAACUACUGUUUUUUAACUACCAUGUUGGACUUUCAAUGUACUUUUCAAUGCUUGCAUAUCCAGAUGGGUCAAAAUUAACUGCCAAUGGUGGGUAUUUGUCAAUUUUACGUUUACUUAUGCUGCCCAGAUACUGUUGAGUGCAGUUAGGAGUUCAGAUAUUGUGAGAAGACACCUUAAUAGUGUUGUUUUGCCAUUUUUUGAAUUGACUGGCAAGUUUCCUUCUGCAGGUUCUAGCAUGGAGCUGGCCAUACAUUUCAAGUUGUAUUUGACAAAAUUAUCCUGUUUGAGCAGCAGAACUUCCUUUCUCCAUGUGCCCCCCCAGAUCUUAUUUGGAGGGGGAGGACCAGGAUAUAUUGGGUGGAUGAAAGGGAGGAGUUCUGUUGUGCAAGUGGAAAUUGUUGUGGCAAAAGUACAACUUCAUUGGAUACAGGCCUUAGUGGUUUUCCUUACUUAUUUAACACUUCCUUUUCCAGUAAAAACUCAAAAAUAAAAUGAAGCACAUAAUAAUAAUUUUCAGUGCAUUUUACAAGAAAAGUUUCUAAGGAACUUUUAAACAUUAAAAGUUCAAAGAUGCCCUAAAUGUUUUUAAAAUACAAAAUAUUGAGAGUGUUUAUCAACUGACAAGACAAUAACAAUGAAAAAUAUUCUUCCCUAUCCUAUUUAAAGAUUAAAAGAAACCCUACUAAAAUCAAUUUGCCUUAAUUCCUAGUACUGCUUAAGUUGAGGUACUAUUCUUCCUUAUAUGCACAGAACCCAUGCAUGUGCAUGCAGUACAACAGGCCAUCUUGUGAUCUGGGAAGUCUGUGCAUGCUUCCUAUGUGCACUCAGAGGUUCUCCUACAAUCAGGUAGUAUAUAAAUUUAGUUAAAAAGAAAUCCCCAUUUUGCCUUUUUCUUCUCAGCCUUGUUACAUUAUAAUUAUUAUGUUUUAGUAGCUGUUGUUAUUUAUAAACUACCCUUCAAACAAGGAUCGCAGGAUAGUUUACAGUAUAAAAACACAAAAUAUGUAACAUAGUAGCAAACAGAGCAAUAACACACAUGGAUAACACACACACACACACACACACACACACACACAGAGUUUAAAAGGCCAUCAAUUGUUUAAUUAGCCAAAAACCUGGGAGAAGAGGAAUGCUUUUUCUUGGCACCUAACAAUAAUAGCUUGGAGUACACAUUAUCAUCAUUAUCAUUUACUUGCCCUUCACCUUAACGUUCCAAGGUGGGUUGCAACAAUUCAAACACAAUAUUGAAAGACAGUUCAAACAACUUAAACCUGAUCAUGCGGAAUAAGAGGAUUGUAUAGGGAUGGGGGAAGCAUGCACAGAUGUUUCAUUGUCUGGUCUUACAUGCUAGGAGGGGUGUGUGUGGAAUAGAGCUCUUUUAAGCCCAGUGGGGAUCCUUCCACACAUGGGCAGAGAUUAUCAUUAAUUAUCACUCUAGAUACUUACUUUACAGCAUUUUGUUUGCUCUUAUCCUUCCAUUGGGUCUGUUUAUGCGUUUUAUGAAAGCUUUAAUCAAUUGCAGUAAUUCAUAAUUAGGUGUAAGAGAAAUUACCACAAAACAUAUGCAUAUUACUGAAAAAAUUAGUAGUAGUAAUAGUACUAUCCAAAGCUCAUGGAUUUGGUUCCAUUUGAAAUGAUCCCACAUGCUGCAAACACUAUCUAAUCAGUGUCUGUAUGUCUGUGUUCCUGACUACUCUUUGUUCCAGAAAUCACAGUUGCACUCUGAUGUUUUCAGCAGCUAGUGUUAAUUUUUAAUCUGACCCCCCAAAAUAUGUGGUUUUCUCAGAUAAUGUAUGGUAGUCGCAGGUGGCACUGUGGUGUAAACCACUGAGCCUUGGGCUUGCCGAUCAAAAGGUAGGCGGUUUGAAUCCCCACGAUGAGGUGAGCUCCCAUUGCUCAGUCCCAGCUCCUGCCAACCUAGCAGUUUGAAAGCACGCCAAAAGUAGAUUAAUAGGUACUGCUCCGGCGGGAAGGUAAACAGCGUUUCCAUGCGCUGCUCUGGUUGCGGUGUUACGUUGCGCCAGAAGCUGCUUAGUCAUGCUGGCCACAUGACCCGGAAAAAAUGUCUGCGGACAAACGCCGGGUCCCUCGGCCUGUAAAGCAACAUGAGUGCUCCAACACCAGAGUCGUUCACAACUGGACUUAACUGUCAGGGGUCCCUUUACCUUUACCUAGCUGGUAUUGAAGGGAUUGUAGAAGCUCAUUCAUACCUGUAAACUGCUUAUCCAAAAUAAUUGGUAUUAAUAAAAAUUGUCUUAAAGGUAAAGGUAAAGGUACCCCUGCCCUUACGGGCCAGUCGUGUCCGAAUCUAGGGUUGUGCGCUCAUCUCACUUAAGAGGCCGGUGGCCAGUGCUGUCCGGAGACACUUCUGGGUCACGUGGCCAGCGUGACGAAGCUGCUCUGGCGAGCCAGCACCAGCGCAGCACAGGGAAACGCCGUUUACCUUCCUGCUAUAAAGCGGUACCUAUUUAUCCACUUGCACUUAAGGGUGCUUUCGAACUGCUAGGUGGGCUGGAGCUGGGACCGAAAGACGGGAGCUCACCCUGCCGCGGGGAUUCGAACCGCCAACCAUGCGAUCGGCAAGCCCUAGGCGCUGAGGUUUUAGCCACAGCGCCACCUGCGUCCCCCAAAGUUGUCUUAGCCCAGUCUAUUAAAAAUGAUAAUUUAGAUAGUCCUUGGUAAUUUGCUUCAGUUUCUUCAGUCUCUGAACAAGGAGGCUUGUAUUAAUGGAGUGUGUCCCAGAAAUGUGAAUGCUGUAUUUGGAAAGUUAGUUCUUCCCUGUUGUCAUAGAUUUCAUGCAUGUGCACAACAUGUGAAACAGUAAUUUACCGGUAAUUUGGACAACAUAUUUGGUGACCAAUCUUGCAGGCUUUUAUUUCCAAUCAAAUAAAGUAAUAUCCCUUAAGCCAGUGAACUCUCAGUAACUUCAUUAAUCUAUUCUUUGUCAGGUGAUUUGCAGCCUAAUUAAGGUGCUACUUAGAAAUAGUGGCCACUUCUGUCACAGUGGUUUCCCCACUUGCCCCAAUACUUCAGAAGCAGAGAACACUGGGGCUCAGAGAUGAAACAUCACAGUAUUGUUUGAGAAAUGAGGAAUUUACCAUGUUCACUAAUAGCACCAUCACUUUAAGCACAAACAAUGAUGAAAGUGACUGUUUGGCAACGUAAGAGGGAGUGACUGAAGAGAAUGUUUAAUCAGUUUUGUCAUCUAGGGGACUAAAUACAGUGGUGCCUCACAAGACGAAUGCCUCACAAGACAAAAAACUCGCUAGACGAAAGGGUUUUUUGUUUUUUGAGCUGCUUCGCAAGACGAUUUUCCCUAUGGGCUUGCUUUGCAAGACGGAAACGUCUUGCAAGUUUGUUUCAUUUCUUAACACCGCUAGUACAGUUGCGACUUGACUUCGAGGAGCAACUCAUAGAACGCGGUGUGGUAGCCUUUUUUGAGGUUUUUAAAGACUUUGGUGAUUUUUGAAGCUUUUCCAAAACUUUCCCGACACCGUGCUUCGCAAGACGAAAAAAAUCGCAAGAUGACAAAACUCGCGGAACGAAUUAAUUUCGUCUUGCGAGGCACCACUGUACUUCUGUUCAAGAAUCUUUCACUGGCAACAAAGAGACAAUUCAAGUUAAAAAAGAAUGAAAUUUGAAGAAGCUGGCUCAGAUAAGAGAAUGCAGAAUAUCAUCUGCUGCCACAUUUUUUUUAAAAAAAUAAAAUGACCAGCAUGUGCAAAUUCUAUCUGAGUGGCAUCUCAACAUCUACAAGAACAUAUAGGGAGAUCACAAUUUAACUUGUUUGCUUUAAAAUGAUUGUAAAAUGACUUCUUAAGGUGGUUUAGAAGUCUGUCAAUUAGUGGGAAUGUGUUGGAAUGAGAUGAUGUAAAAAUCUUAAAGCUUAUCUAAAGAUAUAAUAAGCUCCUUAAGACUUGAUGAAGGCAAAUGGGGUGGAUUCUCCCCCCCCCCAUCAGUGUCUAAAAGACAGUUGAGGGUUGUUACAAAACUGAAGAGACAUUGAGGAUUCAAUCUGAGUAAAAAGGCUUGAUUGCUAGAGUAUUGGGGAUCUUGUGAUAAACUAUCCAAAGCUGUCAAUAUAAGGGAGGAGGUAAUGGAGCCUUUGUUGUGGCUGUACUUCUGUCUCUUGCUAUUCUACAGAUUUCCUUUGGCAUAUUUAUUUUACUUGCACACAGCAAUCCGUAAUGCUGAAAUGAAUAGGAAGCCCUCCUUCGCACAGGAACCUCUGCACAUCAUAGCACCAAUGUAAUUUUUAAAAUCAGGAUGAAUGAGAAUCUAAUCUUUGGAAUAGAUGGAAAUGAAAGCAGUUACUUGAUAAAUGAGACUCAGUUCCCUUUUUCUAGGAUGAAUGAAUUACUACUAAUUAUGGUGCCAGCCCAAUAUUGUUAUAAGUGGGAAAUAUGUCGAGCUUUUUUUAAAGAUGUAAUUAUUAUACAUCCUCUAAAUGGGGCUCCAGGGGCUCUUAUGUAAAGAGGCAGAUUGCUACAGCUAAAGAUUCUUCCAGACCGCUCACUGGAUCACUGCUUUCUUUUAAUGCUGUAUGUAAAACUAUUUACACAAUAUGUUGUGUAAAGAAUAUAAUACCACAAAUUAUACUAGCUAAGGUACUUUGAAAUCCUGAAUUCACAAAAGGUGGUCAGUAGUCACUGCCAUAUAAUCCAACUUAACUGUUGCCUGCCACUCUCAUAGACACCCACCAAAAGGUGAGAGACCCCUGACUCCCAAUUCUGCAUGGAUCACAGUGAAGCCUGUGGUGAGAGGGGGGUUGUCUCUCACUUCAAAGUAAACUUUAAGGAAAGGCAGAGCAUGCAUGCUUGCGGGUUUCCAAUCUUUGCUGAUUGCUGGUACAAGUCACUCUCACUUUGAGUGAUGACAGAACAUGACAGCUACCAUGAAAAACCAAAUUUUGGGAAUCCCUGCUUACAAUACAAAGUAAACGUUCAACAGAUCAAAGUUUUAAAGAUAUAAAUACUCUAUACCUGCCUUGUAGAAGAAGCUGUGAUGCAACUCUCCUACCACUACUGAACAGGGAAAAUAUUUAUCUGCUAGUGAAGACAAAAUUACCUCCCCGCCCCCCCAAAACACCUUUAAUGUGGGGCGCCCACCUUAUUCCGGUAUGAGAUUAUGAUGAUUUCAUCACCCCCACAAAAUAGCCACAGAUCUUACUGUAGUGAUGAACAGAUCUCUGGCAAAUACAUCUACAAAAAUACGAUCUUGGUGGUAAAUAGCUCUUUAGACAAAUUGUACAUAUUUUUUAUCAGAAUAAAUUAAAGAGGAAAAAAUAAAAAGUUAGAAAUGGAUCUAGUGGCACAAUUGCAAAGUAUCAGCAUUCAGAAAGUUCAAAUAAGGUAGGGAAUAAAUACACUGGUACCUCAGGUUAAGAACUUAAUUUGUUCUGGAGGUCCAUACUUAACCUGAAACUGUUCUUAACCUGAGGUACCACUUUAGCUAAUGGGGCCUCCCACUGCUGCUGCCACGCCGCUGCUGCACGAUUUCUGUUCUUAUCCUGAAGCAAAGUUCUUAACCUGAGGUACUCUUUCUGGGUUAGCGGAGUCUGUAACCUGAAGCGUCUGUAACCUGAGGUACCACUGUACUAUUAAAUGUUGGAAUGAUAUGUGCUGAAAUAUGCUUGGCUUCUCUGCUACAUUAUUUUCAUUUUUCUUCCAUGGAACUUGAGGAUUACCAGGCAGUCUUCCAUUCAUGCAUUGACAAAACCAGAUAUGCUUAGCUGCUUCAUCACUUGCCUUCUGACUAUGCCCAGAAACACUAAAAUUAGUUCUCUGUUGGUGUUCAUUUAGAUCUGGAUGGGUGGUUCACAGCAGUUCUUGCUUCAUGCUUCCAGGGUUCUGUGGUGUUGAUUAUAGUUUGGUAGUACUUAAUGUCUUUUGAUGUAUAUUUCAGCUUUUAGGGAAAAACAGUUAGAAAAAUGAGAAAUAAUAAAAAAGUUGGCAGACAUUUUAAAUUGCUUGAACAUCAUGGGUAGCUAAUAUUGAAAAUACGGGAAAUUAAUACAGACUUGCUCAAAGACUGCCACAGUUACUCUGUAGCAAAAUCAUUAGUCUUUUACCCAUCAUUCACAUCCCACAUCUAAACUUGACUAUUCAUCUAUAUAUGCUCUAUAUAUCUAUACAGUGGUACCUCGGGUUAAGUACUCGAUUCAUUCCGGAGGUCUGUACUUAACCUGAAACUGUUCUUAACCUGAAGCACCACUUUAGCUAAUGGGACCUCCUGCUGCCGCUGUGCCGCCUGAGCAUGAUUUCUGUUCUCAUCCUGAAGCAAAGUUCUUAACCUGAAGCACUAUUUCUGGGUUAGCGGAGUCUGUAACCUGAAGCGUAUGUAACCCUGGUUAAGUACCACUGUAUAUGCUCUUCUUCACCGUAGUAUGAACUGUAUUAUGCAUAGGCUUUUCCCUGAAUCUUCUCACUUAUCACAUUAACUUUGACCAUGAAAGCCAUUGCAUUCUUCAGUGUAAAAAUAUAUAAUAGAAGAUAACUAAAGAAGAAAUUAAUGUAAAGCUUUUUAGGUUAUUUUCAGGAUUACAAAGAGCAGAUCUGCUGUACUGACAUGAGGCUGAAAAAUAUUAGUUAUCUGGAAAAUUAGCAUUGUCAAUGACAAAUGGCAAGAUCUAACCAAGUGAAAGAAGCUUCCCAACUUUUCAUCUUAGUAACUUGUAAGGAUAGCAGUAGGGCUUUCCCCAUAAGAUAAAAGGCAAAUAAUAAGAACUUUUCAGUCUGUAAAAUUUAAAUGAAAAACUUAGAAGCAUCAACAGCUUGGAAGCAGGGGGUAUGCCCACAUCCUCUCCUACUGCCACCUCGUUACCCCAGUUGCCUAAAGAAUAGGAGAAUAGCAGGAUGACAAGGCUCAUUGUAUGUGCAGUGAAACUUUGAAUUUUCUAUAUGCAUAGGAUAGCAUCAUGCAUUAUGCAUGAUCUGGCCAAACUUGGGGAUAACUCUGAAAAGCAAGUGUGGUACACAAAGAAUUUGUGCUAAUUGUUUUUGCAUUAAAAUAUAGCCCUUGGUUGCUGAAUAAGCUACUGUACUGUUUUCCGUGCAUUCCUCUGAGAGGUUGGUUGCAGCAUUGUUGUGAUGAAGCCAUGGUAACAAGAAGAAUGAAAAUGUCAGUAGGCAGAAUCAAGUUAAGGGUGAAAGUGGCCAGCAAGGAAAACAGUCUCUCAAUCAAACUGAUAAAACCGCUAAGCUGGUUUAAGCUCAUGCUGGCGCUGACAAUAGCUAAAAGUUUACUAUCUUCUAAUCGGUUUUUGUAGAUGUUAGUGUUUUGAGACAAGCUGGAUUACUUUUGAUGCCUUCUAAAAAUGCAUGUUCUAAAAAUAUUGCUGCUUUCUUGUAGUUGAGUCUUGUGCUGCAGAAAAUUCAGAAGUUUGCAAGAUCACGUGCCCUUGCACAAGUGCACCACAGGUGUUGGUGCAGCCCCAGUAGAACACACCACCAAGGCUUUUGCAUAGGUGCAGCAACCUGGUUCGGUUCACAUGUGGACAAAAUGUGGGUAGACUACCUCUUUCCUUGUGGGACUGCAAGUAUGCUGCCAAACACAACUGCCAGCUGCUCAAACCAGGCAUUUAUUUUAGCUUUGAAGAGGCUGGAAUAUCCUCCUUCCUACUAGUUGCAGAGACUUAGGAGCCUUUUGAUACUCAAACUGCAAGGGAAAAAUCACUAGGCAUGUACUUGCCCCAACACUACCCUUUCCCUUACAGCCUGAAGGAGAUAGAGCAAGGAUGGGGAACUUCUGGUCCACAAGAUUGGCAGGUGAGUAUGGUUCUGGGGAACAAUCAGCUGUCAUCACGGAACUGUGAUGGGUGCUGUUUCGCCAACACAAAAACUUAGAACAUAUGUAGGGGGUUGCUGGUAGAGGGAGUCUUCCCGGACUCCAAAGCUUGAGCCUUAUAAGUAUAGCACAGGAUAACCACAUGGGGGAAUGGCAAGUCAUACUACCUGUUGGAUAGAUUGCCUGGAUUAAGUAAUUCAUCAGAAUUCACCCAAAGUGGGUCUAACCUCUGGCAUGAAUGGCAUUCGGUAGGUAUGCUUCACUAUGCCACAGAUCUCCAGAACAGAUACAGCCAGAAAAAUUAAUAUUGGGUUGGUUCACAACAUCUGAUAGAAGUUAAAAAUAACCGUCUUGAUUGCUCAUCUGCUUAGCUCUGAAAAAGGUUCAGUUCUGACUCAUGCUUUAGAAAUUAAAUGUCUCAUUUUGUGUGUGAAUAAAUUACAUGCAAGGUAAAUAUGCAGGUUUGUACAUGUUGAAUUACAAGUAUAUAUGAAAUUGCUUUUCAGCAUUAAAAACCUAAGGCAGGUAACUAAUGGGGUCAUAAAGAGUCAGAAACGACUAAACAACAACAGCAACAACAAAGUGUCAAUGGGCAAGAUAUGAACAAAAAACCUUUUAAAAAAUACUUCUGUUCCUAAGUGUUUCCUGCAACUGGAUAGCACUUUUCUUUUUUUCUUUUUUUGCAUGAUGAAAGACCAAAUUAAGUUAAACUGCCUAGUUUGCCUUCAAAAUAGGAAACCCUCCUAAUUGCUUCCUACUAGAUAAACAUGCUAACAAAAGUCUUGCUUGACUACCCACUGCAGAGUGGACACUAUUGAAUUUUCAGUUUUUAUUGCCUUUUAGCUUCUUUAACAUAAGGUUUUUGGUUAAUAUAUUGUACUAUGAGGGUGGCAAUAUCUUUAAUAGGUUCCUUUUUCUGUACUUUUACGAGAAAUAGCUUUGCUAAACAUGAGACUUGAGCUAAAUUUUGAAUGUUGUGAUUUCCAUGGCAAAAUCUGCAUAUUUCUUCAGAGUGUUAAGCAAAUCACAUGAAAAUUAAAAACAAAACAAAAACAUUUUCUUAUCUUUAUCUAGGUCUUGGACUCACAGCUCAGACUCACAGCUCAGGUGCAAAAGUCUCUGAAGUGUGGUUUCUAGGGUUCUUGGAAGCUGUACAUUCCCUGACGUAGCUAUUGGGACACAGCUCAAGGAAAAAACAUCUGCGAUACUUUACAGAGCCCUUAGAAUUAACAUGGUUUCGUAGUUUAGUUUACUAAUACAGGACAUGAAAUCUGAUUGCAAUAGAAUUAAGGAACCAGAAAUAAUUUCCAAUUCAAAAUUUUCCAGAAAGCUCACAUCACAGCUUGCGUUCCUUCUAGUCCAUGUGACCACCUAAUGCUCAGAACUUGGAUGAGAAAGACAAAAAUUUGAGGGCAGAGUCAAAAGUACAUAGAAAAGUUUAGGGGCUUUUUGACAAAAGCAAAACUUAAAGCUGUUUCAUCUUUGAAGAACCUCCAAUUUCUAUUUUAAAAAUGACAUUCUUUUUAAACUUGGGUGAUGGCAGGAAGGUAACAGGCAGGUAGUAUUUAUCAUUGGAUAUAUGAUGUAUGAAUAUGUAUGUGUACAAUGCAAAACUGCUUCCGUAUUGGUCUGUGCAUUAAAAGUUCUGCAAUAGGUAUGACUAACCUGUGGCCCUGCAGAUGUUGGACUUCAGUUCCCACCACCUGUGUAGCAUUGGCCAUACUUGCUAGGGCUUGUGGGAGUUGGAGGAUCACAGGUUUUCAAAUCAUGUUCUAAAACAUUUGCAUCUUACCCUUGAAUGAGUCAACUAACUUUUUCUCGGAGAAGACCCAUUGAUAUUACUAGAUCUAGGUUAGCCGUGGUCAUUAAUUUAAACGGUUCUAUUCUGAGUAAAAGCUAGCUGGACACAACCUCUUGUUUUUAUCUGGCCUUCAUUGUCUUUUAUCUCUUCUUAGCCAUAGAGUGAACAGGUGUCAGGUGCCUGCCCUUAUUAUGCAUCUCAGGUGCUCACUUCUGUGUAUGAUUCAGACACACCAAGUGACAGUGAGCAGCAGAGGUGGAAAGAGAACCUCAAAGAACUCUUUGCCUGUGGGUUUGCCUGCUCAAGUGAAAGUGGAUGAACUACAUAAUAGGAGGAUAUACUUAAGUUGGGUGUUGGUGGGGAUAUGCUAGAUGGAAAGACCCUGGAAGUGAAUUGAGACACGGGUUCUGAUUUAGCCAUCCAUAGUGUAAAAGCUAGCCCUACCUACACAAGAAUAAAUGACUCAUAUCUGGUCAGGUGAUUUCCCCCCUCUCUUUGUAAGUACUGUAUGCUUUAGUUGGUUUAGUUGGCUUGAACGUGAUAAAAUGGAGACAAUAAACCUAUGUUUUCUCAUAUGUUAGAGAAUAUGCUUUGUACUGGGCUAGCAGGCACGAUUAUUUGAGGAUACUUGCAUGCAUUAUGGUUGAAAGUCAACAGAAAUCUAAUUUGGGCUGCUCCAGGCACAGGGAAGUAGAUUUUCUGUGACAUAAUUCUACAACUGGUGUCUAGAUUAGCUGCCAGUUGCAAGUGUGAUACUGGAGAUUUAUAUCCCUUAUGAGAAUUCAAAGUGGUUUUCAGUGAGAGAAUACAUUAAUCCCUCGUUCAACCCUUCUUUCCGCUGAGAGUAAGGACAGUCAUGCCCCUCUGCAUACCAACUGGUCUUCAGCUGGAUAAAAUUCAUGCAUCACUGGAACAACAAAGGAGCUGCUUCUCUGAACCUGCUCCUAAACUACUCUGGUAAUGCCUGAAUGGAGGAACCACAUGAAAGGUCAAACAACUUUGUGUAUUGUCAUUUGAAUAUCUGGAGUAAACCAAGCUUGACUGGGGGGAAAUGAGUGGUGGACAAGAGUUUUAUUAGAAAGCAGAAAGUGCCCUUUGACUUGUAUCCCCCUCUCUGUGCGCUGGAUGAUGAAUGCUUCUGCUGUUCAGGAUUGAGGCAUCCCUGCUUUCAAGUCUUAUUUGAGCCUUGUUUUCAUCUGAUGUUUGACCUUAUUUCUCUUAGUAAAGGGUAGUGUUAUUAAAUUUUGCUAUCACUUGCAUCUUCAUGUAAUAGUUCUGGUUUUGGGGGCUUAAUGACGAAACCUGCCCUGUUUGUCAGUGAUUUAAAUUUGGUAUUAUGGCUCAGAGGUAUAACAGAAAAUACUUUUUAUUUAAUCACUGCUUGGAAGGCAGCUAUACUUACCACUAUACCCAGGUUCAGAUCUAACAAUCCAUAGUUUAGAACCUAGCCCUACCUACACAGGAUUGAAUAAAUGGCUCAGAUACCUGGUCAUGUGAUUUUCUCUCUCUUUCUCUCUCUGUUUGUCUUGUUUUGCCUGCAGGUAUUUUUAAAGCUAACUGUGCUGUGCAUGCUUUAUUGCUUUAAUAUAAAUAUGGUUAGCAUGUGGUUCUUUUGUGUGCUGUUAAGCAAGCUGUGCGUGUUUCUUUUUUAGGAUCCAGUGGUCGCAGUUCAAAGGCUAUUUUAUUUUCAAAUUGGAGAAAGUGAUGGAUGACUUCAGAACUUCUGCUCCUGAGCCAAGAGGCCCUCCUAACCCCAACGUGGAGUAUAUUCCCUUUGAGGAGAUGAAAGAACGUAUUCUGAAAAUAGUCACUGGCUUUAAUGGGUAUGCAAUCUUAGAUCAAACCUCACUUGUUGUUCAGACCGCAUGAUUUAUUAUCAAAUUUAGACAUUCUGUUUCUGUCUUUCAUAUUGUAGUAAUUUUCUGCCAUAUGUUCGGCAAAAUGAAUAAUUUCUAUAAAUAAAUGUUUCUUGGCAAAGUUCAAACCAUUGUGGUAAGCUUUCUGAAUUGUCCUCAUGCAAAAAUCACUUGCUUACAUUCUUUCAGUUCAUAUCAGGCUCUUCAAAGGUUGCGCCUUCUAAUUUGCAUGAUAGCUUUUAAAUAACUUACUAGAUGACUAAGUUCCAUGUGAACCUGCAGUGAGGACAGAAUAGGAAUCAAAACUACUAAUUCUUCUAGUUAGUGUUGCAGGUCAGAAAGCUAUGUGUUCUUUUCUACUACAGUGGUACCUCAGGUUAAGUACUUAAUUCGUUCCGGAGGUCCGUUCUUAACCUGAAACUGUUCUUAACCUGAAGCACCACUUUAGCUAAUGGGGUCUCCUGUUGCUGCUGCGCCGCUGGAACCUGAUUUCUGUUCUCAUCCUGAAGCAAAGUUCUUAACCUGAAGCACUAUUUCUGCGUUAGCGGAGUCUGUAACCUGAAGCGUAUGUAACCCGAGGUACCACUGUACCAGCUCAAACUAUGAACCUAGCUUCUGAAAUUCAUUUGGCUUUAGUUCAUAGGAACAAAUGCAGGAAGCUACAUAAUACUGAGUCAGUCAAGCUCAGUGUGGUCUGUGCUGACUGGUAGUGACUUUCAGACUGGGGAACUUCACAGUCAUAGAAUCAUAGAAUUGUAGAGCUGUAAAGGACCCUGAGGAUCCUUUACUGAGUCCAACCCCCUGCAAUGCAGGAAUAUGAAGCUGCCCCCUAUGGGGAUCAAACUUGCAACUUUGGUAUUAUCAGCACCAUACUGCAGAUUGAACCUGGGACCUUUGAUAUGCAAAGUGGGUGCUCUGCCAGUGAGCUACUGCUCUUUUAAUCAUUUUGUGCCUGUUUUUAAGGCUUGCAUGUUCAGGUACAGUGGGCUUGUGCAGACAGAACGCUGACUUCAUGUUAAGUGCGGUUAAGAAAUAAGGAGACAGCCUCUGGACUGCGAGUCUCUUGCCCUUAGCUGUGGUUAAGCACUUUUUGAUACUACUAGGCACAAUUAAGGUUAAACAGGAUGUCCUCUAACCUCCAACCUCAAACAAUGGGGUGAUAAUGGUCAGUCAGCCCCAGAGUAGACCUAUUGAAGUCGGUGAACUUGAGAUCUAUUGAAAUAAAUGGGCUUCUCUGGUUAAAUGAAACCCAGACUAAUGUUGGUAUCUAUGAGCAGCAUGGUUAAGGGGUGGGGGUGGAGAAUGUUUCCAAUACUGGCUCCAAAUUGUUAGUGCAGUUACAGUGGUACCUUGGUUGUCAAACUUAAUCUGUUCCGGGAGUCCGUUGACUUCCAAAAUUUUUGGAAACCAAAGCACAGCUUCUGAAUGGCUGCAGGAAGCUCCUGCAGCCAAUUAGAAGCCUGGGAAGCUGCGCCGGAUGUUUGGCUUCUGAAAAUGGUUUGAAAACUGGAACACUCACUUCUGGGUUUCGAUUGUUUGGGAGCCAAUUUGUUCGGAAACCAAGACAUUCGAGAUCCGAGGUACGACUGUAUCUUGGAGCCAGAGUUGUUGUCUCUGUACCAAUUAUUUGCAGCAAUAUAUUAAACAUCUCCUUGAAUAAUAUUUGUUUGCUUGAGGUGGUCAUAUGUUUGUGGCAGUUGAAGCCAAGUUAAAACUGAGCUUCACAACCUAUUCUCUGAUUUAGAAAUCCUGCAUCAGUAUUAAAUUUAUUCCACCAUACUAGCAUUGAAUUCUGUCCACCAAGAACACCAUCAUAUCCAAUUAACGUUGGUACUUCCUGGCUCAGCAAAUGCAAAUACCAAAAUAUUUUAUUGUAAAUUCUAACAGGUAUCCCACUGGCUUAGCUCAGUACUGGAAUUAUUAUCUGCCCUUAUUUAAUAGAAGAAUGGAUCUUAAGGCAUCCUAUAAUGCGCAAACUCAUAAAUGCAUGAGCCUUUUUAUUGUUGGACUGUCUUGCCAUAAGACAUGAAACAGUGGUUAAGAAAAACUUGUGUUAUUUUCGAAAGUAUUCUUUGAUCUUGAAAUUCAGAAAUUUUAACCAGCAGAGGGAAUAAGAUUCUAUAAAACAUAGCCUAGAAGAAUUAUAAAAUUCAGAGCAUUUGGAACUGUGCAGCUAACAGCGUAGGGUUUACAAUAAAUAUUAUAGGGCUAAGUUUUUCUAGUUUUUUCAUGAAAGGCGCUGACAUUCUUUUUGAAAUCCUUCCAGAAAGCUAAACUCAUAAAAAAUAAUAUUUACAUUAGGAUUUUGGGAGUUGUACUGUGCCACAUACCUUAAUAAUUGGACCCAAGUUAUUCAGUUCUUCUACAUUUGAGAUUUAUAUGGAGAGAGAGAGAAACAUGCUAUGAGUGAUUUGGUGUGGUAGGAUUUAGACAAAUGUAACAAUUUUUUCUUUUAUUCAGGCUGCAAAUAGCUGAUUGCCAAGUAAUUCUUUCUCCUCAGUUUUAAGCAAUAUGGCUUACACUUUCAAAGAACUACGACAUUCAGACUGUAGUCUGCUGACAUCUUAUGACACUUUAGGAGUCCAAAAGAAAUUAGCAGUUUUGAUAGACCCAAAUUCCAUUUUCCCUAUUAAACUUUGGAGGAAUUUUGUGCUGUCUUUAGAACUAAAGUGGUACCUUGGUUCUCGAACGGCCUAGUUGUUGAACAAAUCAGCUGCCGAGCGCCGCAAAUGCAGAAGUGAGUGUUUUAGUUUGCGAACAUUUUUCAGAUGUAGAACAUCCGAUGCAGCUUGCCCAGGAAGCUCCUGCAGCCAAUCGGAAGCCGCACCUUGGUUUUCGAACAGUUUCAGGAGUCGAACAGACUCCUGGAACUGAUUAAGUUUGAGAACCAAGGUACCACUGUAUUAACACCACUUGCAAUAUAAGAAAAUCGCGAAGAUUUUUGGGUCCAGUGAUUCUGCCCUGUGAUGUACCAUUCUCUUCAGGGUCUAAUAAUUUGAGAAUUGUGUUGGCACUAGUAUAUAAACCUUUGUCAUGUUCUUUUUUUAACCUGGCUUCAUCCAGCUCUCAUUACAUAUUAUUGUUGACCUUCUUUUUAAAAUGUUAAUCUCAAAGUUGAAAGGGGGGGCAUUCAAUUUCCGUUAGCGUCAUAUAGCAAGUUUUUUUGGCGUUUUAUGUGGUGGGGUUAUUAGGCUCAGAUAUGGGAUGCGGGUGGCGCUGUGGGUUAAACCACAGAGCCUAGGGCUCUGUGGAUCAGAAGGUUGGCGGUUGGAAUCCCUGCGACGGGGUGAGCCCCCGUUGCUCGGUCCCUGCUCCUGCCAACCUAGAAGUUCGAAAGCACAAAGUACAAGUAGAUAAAUAGGUACCGCUCUGGCGGGAAGAUAAACGACGUUUCUGUGCGCUGCUCUGGUUCGCCAGAAGCGGCUUAGUCAUGCUGGCCACAUGACCUGGAAUCUGUACACCGGCUCCCUCGGCCAAUAAAGUGAGAUGAGUGCCGCAACCCCAGAGUUUUCCGCAACUGGACCUAAUUAUCAGGGGUCCCUAUACCUUUACCUAUCUUUGUAAAUGUUUUUCAAAAACAAACAAACCAAAUACCUGUGUGGUGGAAGAGCUUGUUUGAAACCAGUAGUCCGUCCUUUGUAUCGUUCUUUAUGGUACCAUUUGUGCCUUGAAGUUUACACUGUUAGCUUAUUAUUAUUUGUUUUGUUUUUUAAAAAACCCUAAUGAAAACCCCAGGCUGCUUUUCACAUUUAUUUAGUGUGAGGUGUAUAUGAGAUUUUUAGGCCUUACCUUUUUCCCGCUAAGAUUUUGAACAAUCUUUCAGAAGAAACAGGUGAUGCGAACGUUAUCUAAUUUAUGAUGGAGGCACCAAAAUAAUGCUUACUGGUACAUAACUCCUGAUCAUGUGAAUCUUUUCUGAUUACCUUGAGCAUCCUGAGGAAUUCUGAAGUGAAUUCAUUGGCCAUCAAAUGAGUUUUGUGAUGCUACAGUGCCAUCUAUUGUCCAUAAAGCCUAGCACACUCCUAGAGGUACUAAAUGGGAAAGUGUUGAAUUCAUGUGUAGUUAACCACUCAGAUAAGUGCAAAGUGAUAUACAGUGGACAAAAUGAUCAGGGUUGUUCCUUCUCCAUUAAUUCAAAAUAAAAUUUAACUUGUUUGUAUUUUGUUCUAGUAUCCCCUUUACUAUUCAGCGACUCUGUGAACUUCUGACAGAUCCAAGGAGGAAUUACACAGGAACAGACAAAUUUCUCAGAGGAGUAGAAAAGGUAAUGUCGUCUUAUGGCCAAAAUUACAGUUGUACCAUUUAACAAAUAUCCUCAGGAUGGUUGUGUUAUGGUCAACAGUAAUUUUACCCCAAAUGAGUGGUUGCCUUUAGCCGUUGUUUAGAGUUUGGCAUUAUUUGCCUUCUACUUUUUGGUUCAUUCAUGUUCAAUAUUCUCAUGUACAAAGUGGUAUGGCGGAGGUAGCAUGGGACUCCCAGGAGCAAGCCAGCAAAAAAUGAUAACACUUCCUUAGCAAAAGCAAGAUCUGCUCCAGAGUGUCAGGCCUAAUGAGCACAGCAACUCAUCUCCAGCAGGUUUUGCCCCAUGAAGCAGUUGCUCAGACUGAAGGUCCCCACCUCCCCACAGUUGCCUUUCCCCUCCUCUCCAGAAUUUCUCCCAAGCAAUAUGAGACUGUGCCCCUGUGCAGCUAUCUUCUCUGCCCUCUUCAUGCCUCUCCUGGUUCUGGGAGACCAGCGGGGAGGGGAGCUUGUCACAGCAGGAGACACCCUCACCUCUGCCCCUUGACCUCCUUCCUCUCCUGUUUCAGCUUCUGAUUCUGAUCCUGGACUACUCCCUACCACAGACUGUUCCCGCUCACUAAGCCUUGUUACUUCCUCAGUUUCUGACACCUCCUCCCAGUCUUCUCCCUCUUUGUCGUCCCACCACCAAUCCCCUGUCUCUGAGCCUUCUUCACUUGGGGUUUCCCCAGCUGCUUCCUCUUCCCUGGGUGGGCCAGAACCACCAACCUUCUGGUUAGUAACCAGGUGCACUGGCCCAUUGUGCCAGUAGCGUGGGGUGGAAGAUGAAUGUUGCUUACAUGUUUGAAUAAACUAGCCAGAUUUUUGCCUGCAAGUUUCUAAUUUGAACUGCCUUCAUGGUUUGUAAAUUCUGUUUGACUUUCCAAUAUUACUGAAGACUUUCUCCUCAAUAGACUUUAUUUAAAAGAUGCUGUUCAGGACCUCACAUGGGGCUCUGGUGUUCAUUUCUGGAAGAAGUGUAUGUUGCAAAGGCACAAUUACUCCAUAGCAAAGAUGAAAGCCAGAAAUACUUUCCUUUGUCUAAAAAUCCUGGCCUCUUGUCUUUUUUUGUCUUACAGAAUGUCAUGGUCGUUAGUUGUGUAUAUCCAUCUUCAGAGUAAGUGUGACCUUGUUUUCUGUAGUUUGACUAUGCACUGCAUAAAGAAGUGCUUUCUUUGAUCUUCCCUGAAUCUUCCAGCAGUCAGCUUCAUGGGAUGUCCAUGGGUUCCAGUGUUGUGAGAGAUGGGGAGGAAACCUUUUCUCCACUUUUCUCCAUAUAAACUAUCAUGUUGCCUCUUACUCACCUUUUCUUAAAAAAGACCAAAAAGUCCCAAACGCUGCAAUCUUUCUUCAUAGGGGAGUUGCUCUACCCCUUUGUAAUUUUGGUUGCCCCUUUUCUGAACUUUUUCCAACUCCACAAUGCUCUUCUGGGGGGGGGGGGAGGUGGAGUUGAGGCAACCAGAACUUUAUACAGUAGUCCAAAUAUGGUCUCACCAUAGAUUGGUGUAAUGGUAUUAUGAUACUGGCAGUUUUGUUUUUAUUGCAAAUGGACGACUUGCCACAUGGAGCUGCUUGCAUAUUUGCAUGCGUUUCAUCUUUUGUCUUGUGGAGGGGAGCAUUUGGAGGCCCAAAAGCACAUAACUUGGAGAGGACAGACAUUCAAAAUGUAAAAAUACUGUUUGGCAAAUAAUUACACUGUUUUGAUAUGUGUGUGUUAACAUAAGGAAUGAAGAGAGUUCUGAAACACUGGAGGGUUUUUUUGUUCUUUUGUUUUUAAAAUCAUCUUGGUUAGAAGCAUUCCACAAGCAGUUUGCAAGACUUAACAACACUUUCAUUUAUUGUAGGAAAAACAAUUCCAAUAGUUUAAACAGGAUGAAUGGUGUGAUGUUUCCUGGAAACUCGCCGAGCUAUUCUGAGAGGUAAGAGAAAGUGCUUAAGGAAAACAAGUACUGUGAAAAAUAAAAUCUUCUGAUCUUUUUGAUCAGUCCUUUAUCCUGUCAUUCCAAGGUAACCUCUGUGAAGGACCAGGUUUAUUAAUUGCAAGGGCUAUUGGUGUCCUGUUCGUUUUACAGCUUAUUUAGAUUCUCUUAGAUUGAAAGAAAUGUAAAACUCCAAAAAAUGGUUUGACAUGUUGAAAAAAAUGAUGAAAAUUUAAAUGCAAUUAGACAAGAUGAGUCAGGGAGAAAAUUUUCAGAUUUCAGAAUAAGAAUAUAAAAGUUAAAAGAAUGGGAAGUGGUUUCAUCUAAUAAUACAGCAAUAUCUCUGUGAACGUCUGCCCCAUCUCAAGCGUCCAUUUCGGCGAACCCAGAAGUACUGGAACUUCCGGGUUUGCUACUCGUGCAUGCGCAGAAGCGCAAACCACUCUGCUCGACUUUGUCGAGCGUCCCUUUCGCCAAGUAUCCGGGGCUCCGGAAUGGAUCCUGGGCUCAAAACAAGGUACCACUGUAGUAUGUUUGGCACUCCAGACAUUUUCUAAAACAUUUCCAUUGUUUCCUGAAAUUAAGAGAUCCAUGCUGCAAUCUAUACUUGCUCAUUAGGUGGAAGUCCCAUGCAAUGCAAUGGAACUUACUUCUGAAUAGCUGUACUUAAGAUUAUGCUUUUAGAUUCUCCCUGCUUCAUUAUGUGAUCAUAUUCAAAACAGUCCAAAUACAAGCAUGUAGCUAUCUUUCUGUCAAAAAUAGUAUGAAGCAAAAGAACCUCCUUGUCUUGAACCACAGAUCCAACAUGUCUUGGGAUUCAGUAGCAAUUUGUUUACUAAGAUGUAAAAUUUUCCUGCUUUUGCAGAUCCAAUAUAAAUGGUCCUGGAACACCCCGACCCAUCAAUCGACCAAAUGUUUCUUUGUCACCUCCAAUGACAACGAACGGUUUACCAGACAGCCCAGAAAAUAAAGAGUCAGGUCUCCCACAAGCAGAAGAGAAAAUUAGCAGGUUUGUAAGAGGAGUAUUUGGUUGGUUUUUGUGUUUCCCAUAGACAGGUCUAUAACUUUCAAUCCACCUUCCAUCAGUCAAGCUGUAUGUUUGCUUUCUUUUGAGCUCUUGACAUGCUUGUGCUCUGAACUGGAUAUUUCUAUGUACUCUGUAUACACGCAAAGAUUUCUUGUGGACAUGGGCUAUCCCUAAAGUUGAACCUGUUCCGUAAAUCACUAGAUCAGGUACCAUGAACAUCAGUACGGCUACUAGAUUACAUCUGAGGAUAGUGAGGAAAUUUAUAAAGUGUUAACUGAAGAACUAAUAACCUUAACUAUUGAGAUUCCUAGCAGAGUUUUAUUGGUAGAUAGUCCUGUCAUAGAACUCAAACUAUGCAGAUGGGACACCACAAUCUUGCUUUCAUCCUUUAUAAAUUGUAAUAAACACACAUUUGAGCAGAGUAGCAGAUACUGAAACGACCCAGGGAGACUAGUACUGUAAUAGCCACAUGCCUCUGACUGCCUGUUGAUAUGAGAUAUGAAGAUUUUUGUCCACAUCAAUUCUUUGUCUUUCAGUGAAACGUUGGCAUCUGAACCCGAAAGGGUCCAAAGCAGUUCUGUAAAAAAUAAACACCCUGAAGAAGAUCCGGCCGAAGUUGAGGGGCGCGAGGUAAAAAGACUGAAAUUUGACAAAGAGGAGGAAGCUGAAGGGACCUCCAACCAAAGUGGCUCCAGCGAAGUUUGUUCAGCGAUGGUAGAAGAGACAGAGACGCCCUCGGCAUCUCAAGAGAAAGAGAAAGAAACCGUUUGUGAGAGGCAGCAUUGUAAAGAAGAAGAGGAAGAGGAGGAAGGUAUAUCGCUCAUUGAAUAUCACUAUUUUGUAUAGGGAAGUUUCUUUGUACUUAGGAAUAUGGCUUGAAUUCAGCUUUUAAAUUUUGCAUCUGUUAGAAACUCCAUCACUCUAGCAUUUGAAGGAGGUUAACAUUGAAUUAAAUACUUAACUGCGGGGAAGAAGUGAAGGAAUGAGAGGAUCUUAAUGUUGGUCUUGUUGCUAGGCUAUUGUACAUAUGUUAUGUGUGGUAGUGGAGAAACCAGCAUUCAUAGAGACUGCCCCUUAAACUCUGUGCAGAAUCUGUUGCAUUCAGUAACUUAUCCAAAAUUACAGGUAGCUCAGCUCAUGCCAGCACACAAAUUUGAAGGUGUGUUUGUAGAUUAGGUUUGGGAAUAUGCGCCUCCAAUAGUAUUCCCACAAACCUUGAGAUCACCCAGGUAUGGUCUGCUACUUGGUCACCCUGAUGGAGAUUUCCCCCUUCUUGGCCUUAAGGGCAAGGAGGAUGUUACGUCACAGUGGAGCUGCAACAGAUUAAUUCUUGCCUCUCCUUUCCUCUGUUGGGUAUGUUCAGAACUGAUUCUGCCAUUGGGCUAGGUGAAGUGAACCACCUCAGUUGACAAGCUGCUAUUAAAUCAUAGCAAAUUGUCAAGGGCUCCCUUUAUUAUAGUUCUAUCACUGAGGGGCAGUGUAGAAUUUGCUUGCUCAGGCUACAAGAUACCACGACCCAUCUCUGGUUGGGCGACUCAGUGUGUGUAUGUGUGCUGCAGGAAACUCACAAUUUACGCGGGGUUUACGUUCCGAGGCACCACAUGUUUAAGUGAAAUCGCAUAUAUUUGAAACACCAGUGAAAAAGCUUGCAAACACCCUGUUCCGCCCCCGCCCCGUUCUGCCCCCUUUUGUGAUGUUUCUGGGUCACUUCUGAGUUUGGCCCAAUGCUCACGGUCGCAGUCACACACAUAUCAGACAUGCCUAAAACAGUCGCUGUGCUAAUUUGGUUCCUUUACGGCAGAGAUGAUGACAAUGGAUGCAUAUGCAUGGAUAGGGAGGAGAGAGCUUUAUUAUGUGUGUACUGCACACAGUUGCUACUUUGGUGAAUGAAAAUAAAGAAAUAUUCCUGGGUAUAACAACUAUAUAUCGCUUGGGUUGAACUUGAACUCUCGAUACUUAACGCUGAAUUCUAACCCCAUUCCAGAAUCCCUCAUGACGCCCAGAGAGAUUAUUCCGGAAAGAAAAGAUCAAGAUAAAGACAAUAACACAUCCUUAACUGUGAAAGAAGACGUUUCUGAGGAGAAUAAUCAAAUGGAGGAAUCUGACGAGACUCAAGCAGAGAAGGACUUGCCUUCUGAAGACAGUGAAAGCAGUGGGUCUGUCAGUAGCAGAGCUGGCUGCAGUGAAACAGAAGAAUUGGGCUUGUAUGCCAGUGAAACUCCUGAAAUGGCGGCAGAGACCCCUAUGGAAAACAGCGACGAAGCCACAGAAGCUGCAGAAGAACCUAUGGAACAGGAUUAAUAAUUUAAAUACACUUAGAGGCAGUAUUUUCCAUAAGGCUCUGGUUUUACACUGUAUAAAUAAUUUUAUGUAAUAAAAGUGGACCUUUAGUUUUACAACAAAAGCAGGCUGUAAAUUGAACUUGUCAAUGAAUUAAAUCCUGAAGAGCUGUACUAAUUAAGAACUGUGAAAUACCAGCUCCUUUCAGGUCCUGCUUUACCGCUGAAAUUUCAGUAUGGUCAAAUCAGUGGUCUGUGUAUAGUUUUUUUAUUUAGAAUUAAAAGUUUUUAAACUGGAAGGUAAUUAUAAUUUUGACAACUUUUUGGAGAUUACCAUGCUUAGCUAUCUGUACGCAAGGAAGCUUUUGUCCCAUCUGUCUCUUCUCCCCCCCCCCCUCCAAGUAAUAAUAAUGCUAUAGCAAUUAUUUUUCCUCUUUUUUGGUUAGAGUUUCAACAUUCAACAUGUGAAUUGUAGGCUUCUUUUUGGUUUUCAGGUUUUCAUUUGACUGCAUUGUGUACUUUUUAAAAAAGCUACACACCUGACACACAAUACUUGAAAACAUGCUAAUCUAAAGAGAACCUAUUAUCGCACUCUUAAGAUGUAUGGUGUUGUUGUUUUUAAUGGAAAUAAUUGAGCUCAUUUCACAGAAGGCAACAUUUUCACCUCUGAAUAAACCAAAUAAAAUUUGGCCCGCCUGGAAUCCUGAAGAUCCGAAAGCCGUUGAACGUACCGGGUUUAAAUACAUUCCAACAGAACUGCUCUAGCAAAACACUUGCGUACGUUUCUGAGGUGCCUGAAUGAAAAGUUUUAAUUCUGAGAAAAUGUGUUGAGGACAGCCUUCAGUUGCAGCUUUCUGUAGGGGGAAUGCUUGCAAGCCUGAGGAAGACAGUAUCUCUGAACUGGAGCAUUUUUUUCCGGCCUUUCUCAGAUGGCUUUUUCAAAGUAGGCAGAUGAGACUGGUAUAAGAGACUGCAACAUUUUCAAGACUUUCCCCUAGUUAUGUACCUGAGGUGAACGGCUGACUAGCGUUUGUAGGCGUACAUAGGAAAGCUACCAUAAUUUGUACAUCAUUUUGAAAGUGCACUAAAUAUUUUUAAACAUGUUACUUUGACAGCCAGUGUUAACCCUUUCUUUUCCAAAGCCAGCUCAAAGCACAAUGACUGCUUUAAAUUCUUCAUAUUGUCUCCCCUCCCCCUCCGCCCCGGCACCAAAUGUGUAAAAACAUUCAAGACGCAACCUCCAGUCUCAUUUACUGGCUGCCAAAUUUAUACCUGUUUCUUCAACUGUACCUUUUUGAUAUUUAGAAUUUUUAAAUUUCUGUAAAGUAGAUUUUUGUAGAUUGUAAAGAGUGCUCACUGCCAUUGUGAAACGGUAUAUAAUUGUAUAAUUUGUGUGUAAACUGAAUGCUUGAGCUUUCAAUACAGUAUUCAUAUAAAGCAAUAAAUAUUAAUGUUAUAAAAUGUUUGAGUACAUUUUAAUCGAAAUAUAAAAGGAAUCCCCCUUUUUGGAGGUGAAGUCACAUACCAUGGAGUAAAAAAAUAACCAUCAAAAAUGCAUGCUGACAAUUCUUGUACUUCCACGGUGUGCUUCCUUUUGGAGAAGGGUGGGACUGAAUUCUGUUUGUAUUCCAGAAUAAUUUGGCUGAGCUUGCAUAUUUAUACGGUGGUAAUAAACUGUGCUGUCUUGUCAGGUUCAGACAAGGGGAUGCUUAUGAAAAAAGUUCAGUUGCUGUUCUGUAUACAAAGGAAAAAUCAGUUAUUCUCCAUUUCCUCUUCUGCAGAGGGCUGGGUGUGUGUAAUAAGCAUUAAGUAGCACUAAAACCAAACUUAGAAAUUAGAAUUUCUUUCCAAAAGUCCAAGGCUAUAAAACAUUUUUCUCCCCUCACCUUCCCUUUUUUGCUCUUUUUUUCCUUCAGGGAUAUUUUGCCAAUGAGAACAAAUUUUACGUUUUAGAGAUUUCUGAUUUUUUCUUUAGAUGUUUGUUUGUGAAAAUAUUGUUAAUAAACCUAUUCUUUAAGCACCUGUGCUCUUUUGAUAUUGUUAUUUUUAACAGAACCCACUGAUGCCAGAUUUCAACUGUCUUGUAAAUAAUGAAUUUAUAAAUGUACUAAUGCAAUGGCAGCAGGAGCUUGGAAAAUAAAUUCUUAACGGCG